AUGGAAGCCGCGGCGGCCGCGGCGUGCCGAGGAGGCGUGGUGCUCGCACGGGCACGCCCUGGUCACCCGGCGCGGCGCCACGGCGUAGGCGCGGGAGCCGGACCCGCCGCCCGGCGGAGGUUCCUCGUCGUGGCGUCGCUCGGAGAAGCCCCCUCCGCGCCCUCGCGCAGCGCCGUGGCGGUCGCGCAGGAGAUCGCGCAGGCUGCCUAUGAGGACGACGUCGCCUCCGUCAGAGUUGUACUGAUGAUGGCCUUCGGCCCAGCCUCGACCGCAGUCCUGCCGCCCCCCGACGAUCAUGUGAAUACGGUGAGCGUCACGUUCGUGCUGGAGAAGAAGUGCGCGUUCGGCCAGCGGUUCCUCGUCGUCGGCGACGACCCGGCGCUCGGCCUCUGGGACCCGGCCAAGGCGACCGCUCUGGACUGGUCGGAAGGCCACGUCUGGACGGCGACGACGGAUCUGCCAGCGAACAGGUUGGUCGAGUUCAAGUUCUUGCUGCAAGACCCCUCCGGCCAUGUCCGCUGGCAGCACGGCGGCAACAGGGCUCUGCAGAUAACCGAGGCCUCCAACGCGUUGGUCGUGUACGAAGACUGGGACGACGCCGGGUGCCAGGAAGUGUCGGAGGCGGCAUUACAUCUGCCGAUCGGAGCGGAGGAGACCGACGUGCUGCUGGCAGAUGAUGGCCGGACCGACGACGAUCAGGAGACCUACGAGGGCUUCAUGCAUGCCGAGGAGUCACCUGCGGCUGUAGGAGCUUCUCUGGACGCGGAAACGAUGUGGGUACAUGGAGCGAACCGGACACAGUUUACCUUGCAGAAAGACGAGAAGAUCCCGGAGGAGCUUCGCAGAAGAGCAAACAUGGCAGCAGCACAAAACGGCAGCCUUGCUUCUGCGGGAAUAAACGGCGACGACAUCAUCUUGUACAAGGAAGCUGCGAAUACGCCGGCCAGGAUGUUCGAAAAUGACAUGGUCUGGAUGAGGAAAGCCCUCCAGGGGUUGCUCCGGAACCUUGGUUUCCACAUCGGCACAACAAAAACAUGA